AGUCGACCAUCACCACGAAAUGGCUUUGAAGAGAAUUAACAAAGAAUUACUCGAUUUAGGACGUGAUCCACCUUCAAGUUGCUCAGCUGGUCCAACUGGAGACAACAUGUUCAACUGGCAAGCAACUAUUAUGGGACCAUCCCAAAGCCCAUAUGAUGGCGGUGUCUUCUUCUUGAACAUCGUUUUCCCUACAGACUACCCAUUCAAGCCACCAAAGGUUUCUUUCCAAACUAAAAUUUACCAUCCAAACAUCAACGCAAAUGGCUCAAUCUGUCUUGACAUUCUCAAGGAUCAGUGGUCACCUGCUUUAACCAUCUCCAAAGUUCUCCUUUCAAUUUGUUCAAUGCUUACCGAUCCAAACGCGGAUGACCCACUUUCACCAGAAAUUGCUCACCUUUACAAGGUUGACAGACAGCGUUACGAAGCUACCGCUAAAGAAUGGACCCGCAAGUACGCGAUGUAAGCUAGAUAAACGUACUACAAAAUGACUACAUUUUAUAAAGAUAUUAAAGCAUUCUUCCCCAUCCAUAAACACCCUUAUCG